AUGAAUCCUACUUCCAAUUCUACCACUACAACUUCUACUAUGGGUGUCACUGAAAAACCUGCUGGCGGUGAUCCAACAAAUUAUUGCACUAUAAUGCAUUCAUCUUCUGGACCUAUUUUUGGAGCCACCGAAAAACCUGCUAACGCUGGACUUAAAUUAAAAAAAUUUAAACCUCCAACAUAUGAAUUUAUUAUUAUUAUUAUCUUUGAGAUGCCUAGUUUCAAGAUGGUUUUUGUUUUUUUAUCUAAAUUUACAAAUUUCCAAAUACAAAAAUUGAUUUUUUUGAUUAUAUACAUUUCUUUCCAUUUAACAAUUACAACAAAUGCCGCGGACGAAACUCCAACCUCUACUGCUACUGCUUCAAGCUUAUCAACUGCCACAAACUCAUCUACCACCAGCACUUCCGAGUCUCAUCAUCAUCAACAACUAAUACAAAUUUUAAUAACUGUCGGUGUCAUAGUUUUAUUUUUUUGUUUAUUAACAAUAUAUUGUUGUAUGCGUGCCAAUCGAAGAAGAAGAAUUUUUGAAUCUUUGUCACCAAGUCCCCGAAGUUCUCGAACUUUAAUUCCUCAACCACCUCCCAGAGGUAGUUACGAUUUAACUAGAAAAUUAGAGACCUCAAGUACGGAUACUAGAACAAGAUAUUUUGAUGGAGAAAUGACUCAAGUUGAAAGACCUUCAUUUGAUUCUGCUCAGUUACAAGCUGCAGGUGAUGAACAACAUAAUCCUAGUAAUAUAGACCCUGAAAACCCUCCUAUUAGUGAGAGCGAAGUUCGAAAGGAGUAG